UUUUCUUAACACCAGGAAGAGACACAGCUGCAACCUGCCUGCAAAGAGGGAACCACACUUUAUAAGUAUUCUAAGGCCAAAAGGAAAAAAAUCAAUUCUGGACAAUUCUGCAAAGCCCAUUCUACUUCUAAAUUAAAAUCAAACUAAAUACACAAUUAUCUGAAAACAACUGAAAUAGAGUACUUAGUGUUUUAAAAAAAAGCUUUUCUGGGUUGACCAAUUCUAAAAGGCAGCACAAGAGAUUUCUAAAUGAGAAGAAACAUGGGACAGGAAACAAACAUCUGAAAUAUAGAGCUUUUGUAAGGAAAGUGAAAGAAGAAAAAAACACUGGCACAUGUAUGGAAGGAAAUAUGGCAUAUGGCCAACAAUCCUUGGCAAAUAAGGAAGGACAGCUUUAAACAGCUACACUUUAUGCUAACUCUCAACUUUCUACUUGCAAUGCUCAUUUGGAGAGAUUUUCACUUACUCAUUUGUACUGAAUGGAGCGGCUAAGUGAAAACCAUUACAAAUUUUUUCAAGGAGAAUUAAUAAUGCAAAAUGCAAAACAGCUGAUUUUCUGCCCUGCCUGUACAUAUCAGAACUUUAAGAACAGCCGUGUAACUCGGUGAGAUGUACAAACGGAUCAGCUUUAUUCUUCCAAGUAUCUACAUAAGCAUAUACUAGCAAAAAUCUGCUACAAGUUAAAGUUUGCAGUGUUUCACCCUGUAAGAAUGUAGCUUCUGAUGCAGCAGAAGAACUGACUGCAUUCUCCAGAUGGGAAUCUAAUGUAAAAGGGCUCAAUAAUAAAAAAUUGUUUCAGAUUCAUCGUCCAGUUGAAAGUACAGUCGCAGGUGUUAACCACAUAACGUACAGCUAAAAUCCAUGACCUUAAAAGCUCAAUAAUGCAACUGCAGCUUUUUUCCUCCCUUCAACUACUUUCUGGACGCCAUUUAAGAUCUAAGCUUGUUAAACGAGUAGUACAUUACAGAAUACCAGAGAAGGAAUUUUACUGGGCAAGAUGACUAUCUGCUAAUAAAGGUGCACAAAAGCCAGCUAGAUGUCAGAAGUAAAUUCCAGUGACUGCAACAGUUUGCAAAAUGGGAAUCAUUGGCCCACAGCAUAAUUAUUCUGCCUUUUUUAUUUUCCUGCUAAUAAUUACAAAAAUGGAUACAGACUACAUUUUUCUGGAUGGUAUGAUUUCAGAUUAUAUGAGGCUGUGCUUAACAUGUACACAGUAGACAGCAUAUUUCUGCAGCUAAAGCUAAUGAGUUUACAGGAAUUGAAGGUGUUCGACCUGAGCACAGAUCCUACAACCCCUCUCAACAUGUUGGAGAGCAACAAAAGUGGCCUGAGCUGGGCAGCCCUACUGAUUUUUCUGGUGAUUAUUCCUACUAUUGGGGGAAACAUUUUGGUUAUCCUAGCUGUUUCCCUGGAAAAGAAGUUACAAAAUGCUACCAACUACUUUCUCAUGUCUCUGGCUGCAGCAGACUUACUGGUGGGGAUGUUAGUUAUGCCUAUAGCCCUACUGAUUAUUCUGUUCAAUUCUAAGUGGCCUCUGCCUGAAGGUCUUUGCCCUAUUUGGAUAUUUCUUGAUGUUCUAUUUUCAACGGCUUCCAUCAUGCAUUUGUGUGCCAUUUCACUUGACCGUUAUAUUGCCAUCAAAAGGCCCAUCCAACAUAACCAGUUUAACUCCAGGACUAAAGCACUCAUCAAGAUAACUGUGGUCUGGCUUAUUUCUAUAGGAAUCGCCAUUCCAAUUCCCAUUAAGGGUCUGCAGGAAACUGGGAACACUUUAGUAAAUGACACCUGUGCCAUGAAUCCCACUGUAUUUAAUGACUUCAUGAUGUAUGGGUCUCUGGUUUCGUUCUUCAUUCCACUAGCAAUAAUGAUGGUCAUUAACCUACUGACCAUUCAGCUUUUGCGAAAGAAGGCCUACCUAAUCAAGCUGAAGCCACCCCAACGCCUCACCUGGUCAACUGUUUCCACCAUCUUCCAAAGAGAUCUCACACCUGCCUCAUCUCCAGAGAAAGUUGCCAUGCUGGACAGUUCCAUGAGACACAGGAUUCUAACACUUGCCAGUGAGGAGCCAGCCAUAAGGAGAACAUCUACACUUGGAAAAAAAUCCAUGCAGACAAUAAGCAACGAGCAGAGGGCUACCAAAGUCCUUGGAAUUAUAUUUUUUUUGUUCCUUGUAAUGUGGUCUCCCUUUUUCCUAACAAACAUAACCUCAGCCCUGUGCGAGUCAUGCAACAAAGAGGUUGUUAGGAAAUUAAUGGAGAUUUUUGUGUGGAUAGGCUAUGUGUCUUCAGGAGUAAACCCUUUAGUAUACACACUCUUUAACAAGACAUUCAGAGAAGCUUUUGGACGUUACAUUACUUGCAACUACCAGAGAUUUAAACCCAUUAAAAUCAUCCAAACAUAUUCUAGCAGGACAUCAUUCCGAAGUACUAUUGGGGAAAACUCUAAAUUUUUCAUAAAGCAUGGUAUGAAAAAUGGUGUCCACCCUGUUAAAUACCAAAGUCCUCUAAGGCUGCGUAGCACAACUAACCAGUCAUCAACUGUACAACUGGAUACUUUACUACUUACUGAAAAUGAAGCUGACAAAACAGAGGAACAAGUCAGUUAUGUCUAAAUGUAUACAAAUUCCAGACAGACAGUAAUGAUCUUUGAAACAGGAUGCACUUCCUUACAUGUUAUGCAGUAUAUCUAUUAAAGAU